AUGAUCUCUGAAAAGCACAUGAAGCUGAAGAGAGUCAGUAAAAAUGAAUUAAAUGAGAAGCAGCUCAGACAGCAGCUCACAAAGUCUGUGAGAAAGAGAAGACUAGAAAGACAGAGUAGUGUGAAGCUCAGCAGCUUGCUAGAAAGACUGAAAAAACUCGGCUUGAAGCUGAGAAGCAAGAACACUACAACUGCUUUAAAAUCUCUUAUUAUGACUGUGUUCUUCAGUUAA